AUGGGGGUGGAGGUUGUUAUUUCUGGAGCUGCUGGAGCAUUUCCAGAGUGCAAGAAUAUUCCUCAGUUUGAGGAUGCUCUAUUCAAAAAAGCACAUCUUAUUACGGAAGAUGAGCGAAAAUGGGCAAAGAAAACUGAUUUGCCCGGGCACUGUGGUAAAGCUCUUUCACACCAGGAAUUUGAUGCGUUAUUCUUCAAAGUCCCUUUCAGUUUACCCCCUACCAUGGAACCUAUAACAAAGAAAGCCUUGGAAACAAGCAUUGAGGCUAUCAUCGAUGCAGGAGUGAAUCCAAAGUCGUUGGCAGGCACACGAACUGCCGUUUACUGCCUGUAUGACUUCAGCGAGUUCGAAAUGAGCAUACCAAAAGCUCAAACUGUGAGGGCACUGGUUGGCAUCGCCCGGUGCUUUUCGGCAAACAGACUUUCGUUCGCCAUGGAUUUACAAGGUCCUAGCUACAGUGCACAAGGGGGUUACGGCUCAUUAUUUCAUUUUAUGGGCGAGGCGAAACAGCAAAUAGAAGCAGGACUCAUAGACGCAGCGGUAAUUGCAUGUGGUAACUUCAUUCUGUCAAAGCGCUCCUUGUUAGUUUUACGAGGUAUGGGCUUGAUGGCUGAUGAUGGAGAGUGCAGAGCAUUCGACGAAAAUGCUCACGGUUAUGCGCUUAGUGAAGGGUGUGUGGCGUUCUUCCUACAACGAGCAACGGACGCACGUAGACAUUGGGCGACAGUCGUUGGAGGCUCGCAAAAGUACCUCGGGACCAAAAAGGGCAACGUUCUGGCAUUUGACGAGGGACCCAUCAAAGAGAUGAUGCGCGAACUUUACUUCAAGUGGAACGUCGACCCCGCUGACGUUGGAUACAUUGAAGCGGACGGGUGUGGAAUCAAAGUCAGUAUAAUUCAUGGACGUUCAUUCAGUUUGCAUGUAACCGCCUAA